GGCGCCUCCUGUUUAUCGUCCAGCUAAAUGAUGGCGUUAGCGGCUAGCUAAAAACGAUUCUUCUUCGUUUGAUUGAAUUAAUUAUGUCGGUGGGAAUAAUUAGUCAUUGCAAAUACUUUAUUACUCUUGAGAUGGGACUAAAAACAUAGCUUAUAGCACUUGUGUUCGCACCAUAACGCACCGUGAUUGUUUGUUGGGCCUUCUCGCAUACAGAGGCCUGUUUUUUUUUUAGGGAGUGGACGAGAGGUUUACAAACUUCAACUCCCAGCAGCAUUGCUGAGAAGUGGGGUCAAAGGUACCCCUGUCAUCAUCCAUGUCGUCACUUUCUAUCUGAAGUGACUUGUUAGUAAGGAUAAGCAGAAGAGCAGGUGGGUUGGAGACAAUUAGUGGCAUCAUGGCGUCAAAGUCAGUGCCAGGGAUCCAGAAACAUGGGACCUGUUUAGGCAACCCCAGAGAAGUGUCCUCAGCCUCCCCAGAGACCUCUCUGACCUGGUGCCUGUCACAGCUCUCUAAACCUGGGAGAGCAGCAGCCGAGGACCACAAGCCAGGCACUGCAGGGCCGGACACCAGUGGACACAGACAGCUGGACAAGAGGGUCAAAGCUGGGCAGUGGCGAGCACUGGUGGCCAUCCGCACACAGCACAUUAAAGGAGGAAGCAGUGGGAUAGCUCGAUUCCGAGGCCAGGGUGGACUGCGCACUCUCCUGGACCUGCUAAAGCACCCUGAGUGUUCCAGGAAGACUCUGGAUCUGGUUCUCAGCAUCCUGGCUAACUGCUGCACUGAGAGACAGACACGAGUUGAGGUUAGGAAGCUUCAUGGAAUAUCUAUUGUGGGCAAGAAAUGUAAGUUUGCUCUUCCUUUCUUAGUGGGUAUUUUGAAGAAGAAUGUAGCCAUGGAGACGAUCCAGAACAGAGCUGCCCGGGCCUUGGGGAACUUGGCCAUGGACCCAGAGAGUUCCACACUUAUCCACUCUGCCGGUGGUGUUCCACUCCUGCUCCUCUGCGUCUCUCUCGCAUCCGCCCCAUCCCCUCCCUCUGAUGACCCACUGGAAGCCCCUUCCUCUAAACUAGAGUGUGCUCAGUCGGCUGUCCGUGCCCUCCUCUACCUUGCAGACACCCCCUCAAACCGCCUUUUACUGCUCACCCAGGGUACUCUGACUGCUCUCGCUCCGCUCAUUGCUCCAGAGUACCCUCUGGGGCUGAGGAGAGCAGCACUCCGGACCCUCCAUGAGCUCACCAGGAGCUGUGGUGUAGAGUGUGCUAGAGAGGUGUCCCGAUCUGGGGUUCUAGCUCAGCUAGGUGUCAUGGCUUCGGGAGAGGCCGCUAAACCGUUUGAGGAGCUUGCGUUGAAAACCCUGGCCAACAUGUGCACUCAAGGCUGCUUACGUCCUCUGGUGGGUUCCCUGGGGGUAAUCCAGAAGUUUACAGAGGAGGUCAAGAAGGACGGCCUGAAGUCUGGAGUGUUCCUCAAGGCUCUCUGCUUAUGCUGCAAAGAGGCAGUGAACCGGGCCAAAGUGAAGGAGAGCGGCGGUCUGGAGGUGUUGAUUGGCUUCCUUGGUGUCCAUCGGAGCCACCCCCUCGACCGAUUGGUCAUUCUGGCUUGUGUUGACUUUGUCUAUGACGAAGCUGCCCUGGAACAGUUACAAGAAUUGGGAAUAGUCCCCUUGCUAGUUGCUCGGUUAGUGGAGCUGGCUAAAGGUGAGGAGCCAUCUGCUGGGAAGAUGGAUGUGAGCCUCACCUCUACCAUGUUUGCUUCAGAGCUGCUGUCUACGUCAUGUUUCGACUCAUUUGACUUCCCUCCCCCAGAGGGGAACAGGAAAGAGGAGAUGGGGAAGGAGCAUGUCCUUGGGUCAUCCAGCUUUCUUAGCCUGAGGUCCUGGUUGGUGUCUGAGGGGUUGAUCUCCUCUGAGGGGGAUCUUCUUGACUCUCCUGGAGGCACGGAGGGAGAUUGGGGGAGUCUUCAUAUCCCCUCUUCUUCUCCCCAAACCUCUUCCACUAACUGUCAUUCCCCUUUAAAAUGCUUAUCUCCUACCCGCUCACUACCUUCCUCCACUCCCUUAUCCGCACCCAAAUCUCGGAGUCAAUCCACCCCCUCUACCUCAACGAGUUCUCCAGCUCAGGUCCACAUGUCAUAUCCCUCAAAAACUGCUGAUCUGUCUCCCUGUGUCCCUCUGCCCUCCUCUACCUCCACCCCCCAAGCCCAGCCCAGCUCCUCUACCUCCACCCCCCAAGCCCAGCCCAGCUCCUCUACCUCCACCCCCCAAGCCCAGCCCAGCUCCUCUACCUCCAACCCCCGAGCCCAGCCCAGCUCCUCUACCUCCACCCCCCGAGCCCAGCCCGGCUCCUCUACCUCUUCUCUCCCUUCCCCCACUAUCCCACCCCUCACUUCCGUCUCCCCAUCCAAGUUCUCCUCCCCUCCACGGAAAUGGCCACGUGUCCCCUCAACCACCCGCUCCAGUGUGGUGCCCCUCGACACCCCUCCCACAGUGUCCCGACCCCAGGCCUACCACCACCCCUACCACCCUGAGCCUUGGGCCCCAGAGUCUCCCAUCCUGCUGCUGCUCUCACGCUUCUCUCACGCCACGGACCCCAGCGCUGCUCUGGUCAACUCAGGCAUCAUCUCUGGCCUACUGUUCUACCUCAGCCAGCAUCAGGACCCCAGCGGCAGGUGCUUCCGCAUGCUGUGCCGGCUGAGCUGCAACCCCAACUGUCUGCAGGCGCUGGUCAGGACUGGCUCAGUGGCUCUGAUCCGCCACCACCUGGUCCAGAGAGGGAGUGACCCUGAGAGUUGGGGAGCUGGAGAGAGGCAGACUGAUAGGGUCAAGGCCAAAGUGAAACAGCUUGGUCUUGCUCUGCUUAGUAAUCUACGCGUUCAGUGUGAGUCUGGAUUUGGUUCUGGAGUCCUGAGCCAUGUAAUGCUGUCAGGCUCAGAGUCAGACAAGCUGAACUGUGCCCUGUCUCUACCACUAAUAAAUGGUAACAAGGCUCUCUUGAAGAAACUUCUUCUCGACAACGGUGGUCUACUCUUGGCUCUGGAGCCCCUUGGAUGUAAUGAGGACGAGGAAGAGGAAGACCAUCACACCAGUGAAUGCCGACGACUCCUCUCAGAUUGUCUCAACUCACCGCAACAUGUCUCCGCCCCCCAGCUCCACUCUCUAUAUUUCUCCCUGCUGAUUGGAUGCCUCUCUAGUCUGAUGGGUUGCCCCAAAACAGUACUGGCUAAAAGAAGGUGCAGGGUACUCAGUCCUAUCAAACCCCUGUCAGUCUCACAAACCGGUAAAGCUUCACCCCCUCCCUUAAAAAAGCCUCGUCUGGUCAAUAUCUGUCCUUACAAUGACUCAACCUUUGACCUCCUCUUCCUGCUGGACGAUGGGAGCCAGGUGUCAGCCAAUAGGGAAGCAGUGGCUGGGGCGGAGGGAACCGAGGUGGUGGGGUCAGAGUACUUCAGGGCCCUGUUGAGGGGGGGCUUUGGAGAAGCUCAAGGGAGAACUGGGGAGGCCAUCCCCAUCAGGGAUGUGAGCCAAGGCAUGCUGCUACCUGUACUGCACUAUCUGCAUGGCUGUCGCCUGAACAAGGACGGAGAGACUGCAGAGGAACAGGGGGAUGAGAUGGAGAGAGAAGGCAGAGGAGAGUGUCAGAUUUUGGGAUCCUUGGCCUCUGAAGGACUGGGUGUCUGGAGAGAUGGGGCAGAAGAACCCUCACCAGAGGCACAGGGCUUCCAGAAGACCCCCCUAGCUGAGACGAUGAUGGGGGCCUGUAGGUUUUUGGUGACAGAGUUGCAGAGGGAGGUGGAGGAUCUGUGUGUGUCUUUGCUGUCCUGCUCUGCCAAGAAUGCUGGUCGAAUUGCAGACGUUGGCAAAAAGCCUCCAUCUAACAUGGACCAAUAUGGGUCAGAGGGAGAGUCUGCUGAUGAGAGCCUGGCAAACCGCACAUCUGGACUAGAGUUGAGUGGUUCUGAGGGCCAGACAGACUCCUUGGCCCCCACAGUGACAGCAGGCCAGGCUGAGUCACUACAUGGCUCUGGACUCCAACCCUGUCAGCAGACAGAGGGUAGACGGCACUCUGCCCCUGGACCAGGCCAGAAGGGCAAUAGUGGACCAAAGACAACCUCAGGACUGGAGACUUGUGUCAAUCCACUGAAAUCAAGUUCUGCCUCAAAGUGCUGCAAAAGACGUUUUAAACUGCGGAGUGUUUCAAACACACAGAAGGUUGCGGAUUCUGUACAGGACUCUAAAGUUGGUCCUGGGAGAUGGACCCUCCUACCACAGGUGUAUUGGUUUUCCCAGCGGUACAGCUAUCCUGGACUGGGCAGGGCCUGCCUGUCCCUACUACUGGGCUCUCAGGGCUCCUCCCAGCCCCGCCCUUCUUCCCUGGCUGCAGACUGCCUGCGCAGACUGGCCAGAGAGGCAGACUGUACAGAGACUCUGAAACGUGACCUAGUGAGUCUGGCCACCAUGGCACUGAGCUGAGAGGGGGAGGGCUAGGAGGAAAGAGGGGUGUUGGUUGGUGAUGGAGGUGAAGAGAGGAUCAAAUAGGAGAUUAUUAGGGAUGGUAUGAGAUCAUGUGAUUGUCUCUCCAAUGACACUGAAGUUAACGUUUGUCAUUGUGAAAAUGUAUUUUAUUUUCAAAAGUCUUUACAACAUGAUUAGCCUUCCUUCCUUGUGAAUAUCUGUCUUCGUCUCACAACAAAUAACCUUUAUAUUCCAAUAUUGGUGUUUACAAAGUAAUUGAAGUUUGAAUUAUUUUCUUCAGAAUAGUACAUUUAUAUUUAAAGAAGUCAUGGGGCAAUGUAAAGGGAUGGGUUCUCAGACAAUGAAUCAUGAGGAAAUCAAUUUUAUCUCAUGGUGCACUGUAAAUUAAGUUGUAAUAUGCUAAAUACUUUUGUUGCAUGUAAUGGUAACUUUUUUUUAUAUUUUCAGUUUGAUUUUGAAAUAUACACAGAUGUCCUGUAUUGACUUGGAUGAGUCUAAUAAUCAGGGUGGGACUGGGUGUUGUAUAUGCUGUAAAUAAAGAGAACUUUAAGAGGAGCUGCAAGGUGAAGAUAACAGACAUCAGCUUUCACUCAUGUGAAUCCACGCUUCUCAAUAAAGCUGUUUACAUGUCUUUC